AGCCCAUCCAGUUCCAUGGGCAGGGACACCUUCCAUUAUCCCAAGUUGUUCCAAGCUUCAUCCAGCCUCACCUUGGACACUCCCAGGGAUGGGGAAUCCACAAUUUCUCCAGGAAACCUUUCCCAGGGGCUCCCCAUUCCCUGGGUAAGGAAUUUUUUCCUCCCAUCCAACCCAAUUCUCUCCUCUGUUACUUUUAAUCCAUUCCCUGUCCGUAUAUCAGGUGCCGUGUUUCCCUCCCCACAGGAAAAUGGGAAUUCCGACAACGGCUCCGCGAUCCCAAGGAGAUCCAGGAGAUCUCCUGAGCAUGAGGGACACCCCACAAGGAUCCCAUUCCAGAGCCAUCCCUGUGAUCCAGGAGGAAGCAGUGCCCCUUCCCUGGAGGAUUCACCACCAGCUCAUCCCCCCGGUGCUCCGGGAGCUCGGAAAUUCCCGUCGGGAUCCGCGGCAUAUCCAGGCCCUCAUCACCCAAGGAGAAUUAAGAAGGAGGGAGGUGGCCCAGCAGAUCCCUCCUCCCGUGGCCCAAAGGGAGAAAUGGGAGCUCCUGGAUCCCAUGGAGAAAAAGGAGAAAAGGGAGAAAUGGGAGCUCCUGGAGCCCGUGGAGACAAAGGAGAAAAGGGCACCAAAGGAGACCGAGGGGAGGAAGGUCAAAAGGGAGAACCAGGAAUUGGGUUCAGAGGUCCCAUUGGCCAGGCUGGGCCACCUGGAUUUAAGGGCGAGCCAGGGGCCCCAGGACCUCCAGGAGCUCAGGGCAUCCAAGGAAUUCGCGGCAACGCCGGCACUCCCGGAUCCCAGGGGGACAGAGGGGCUCCGGGUGUGCCCGGAAUUCCGGGACAGAAGGGGGAACGUGGGAGGAGAGGCCGGAGUGGAGCUCCUGGGCCCAUGGGACCAUCAGGAUUCCCAGGAAAAGAGGGAAUUCCUGGGACACCUGGACCCAAAGGCAACAAGGGAGAAGCUGGCAUUGGAGCUGUUGGUCCAAGAGGUCCCCAUGGAUUCCCUGGCCCUCGGGGUGACGAGGGCAUCGUGGGAAUGCGGGGUCCCCCUGGAAUGAUGGGUCCAAAAGGCUUCCCGGGCAUGAAAGGCCAGAGAGGUGAUCGGGGACUUGUGGGACCAAAGGGAGAACGAGGUGAAUCCACGAUGAUUUUUGGACCCCAGGGCUACAAAGGCACCAAAGGAGAUCCCGGUGAGCAGGGACUACCAGGUUUUGAUGGAGACAAAGGCGAGAAGGGAGAGGACGGACCCGUAGGAGAAAAGGGAAUCAAAGGAGAAGCUGGAUCCAAGGGAAUGAUGGGACUUUUCGGGAGCAGAGGACCCGUGGGACAGAAGGGGGAGCCAGGAGAACCGAGCUCGCCGGGAUCUUCCGGUGCAGCAGGACUGGAUGGGAAGAAUGGGAUCAAGGGAGCCAAAGGUGACAGAGGCCUUCAGGGGCAGAAGGGAAAGCCGGGAGGGAAAGGUGACCCUGGGACCACUGGUGACACCGGGCAGAAAGGGACAAAGGGCUUGCGAGGGCUUCCAGGCCGGAUCGGCGCUCCCGGAGCCAAAGGCGCCAAGGGAGAAGUUGGCAAUCCUGGAAAACCAGGAAUUCCAGGAUCGAAUGGGCAGCAUGGACCAAAGGGCGAACCAGGAGCCUCAGGGAACGACGGCACCUCGGGAAUUCCUGGGGAGAAAGGAGAAAAGGGAGCCAAGGGAGUUCCUGGAUUGGGAGGAUUCAAGGGACAAGCGGGAUGGCCGGGGAAGCCUGGAGGGGCCGGAGCAGCUGGACCUCGAGGGCCACAGGGCGAGCCAGGCCCACAGGGUCCACCAGGGAGAAGAGGGAGACCCCAGCUCUGCCUCCAGGGACCUCCGGGCAUGGAUGGGCCAAAAGGAGAAGCGGGGGAAAAUGGUCCUGCCGGGCAGAAAGGAGCCAAGGGCGAUCCGGGCCUUUCCGAGGAAGAGGUGAAGGAAGUGCUGAGGAGCGAAAUGAGAGGGAUUUGUGGUUGUGGAGGUGAGUUGGGAAGAAUAUCCAAGGAAAAGGGUCUGGAGGCAGCUGAAGUCCACAGGCAGCUCCAAGGGUAUUCCCAGUCUCGGGAAUACACCAGGAAUGGUGAAAAGUGGGAAGAAAAACUUGGCACAACUCACGGCAAGACCACGGUGAAGCCCUCCAUGGAGCCACCUCCACUCCUUGCAGCCCCGGCGCAGCAGACAACGGGAACCUCUCAGCGAGGAGCCGACAGCCAAUUACCAGCUCGGUGCCUGCAGCCCAUGGAUGAGGGCUCCUGCCAGCACCAUUCCCUGCUCUGGUACUUCCACGGCCCCAGCAGCUCCUGCCGGCCCUUCCUGUUCGGGGGCUGCCGAGGGAACAGCAACCGCUUCCCAUCCCGGCGGGAAUGCCAGCGCCACUGCCAGAGCUCCCCAGGCAGAGGGAGAUGAGUGGCUCCAAGUGCUUCAUUUAAAUCCAGCAGGAUUGGGAGGAGUCACCCCAACACCUCCAGGAUGGACGAGGAAAACAAACACCAAGACACUGGAAAAAAAGUUGUCGGAAAACUGGAAAUAUGGACAUUAUGGGAUGAGGAGAGGGAAACCUCUGGAUGCUCAGGAAAAGGACGGUUUGGAAUUCCUGAGCCAAACCACGUGGCACAAAAUUCCCGAGUUUUAUUUUUGUAAAAUAAAAGUGUCUCAAUGCUGUGGAA